AUGACUACUGAUGAUGGAAGUAUAUUAAAAUUUUCAACAGAAGCCGAAGUUUUGAAUGGUAAUGCAUCAGAUGUAGUCUUCACAAUGGGAAGUUUUGUUGAAUGUCGAACUGUAUUAGCAACUACAUAUUCCGGGCAAGUGCUAUGUUACGAUCCUCCUACACGAGAUGUAUCCGAAGUGAAGCCCAUAAUGCGAUUUAUUAAUUUGGCCUUCAUUGAAAAGUUCUUUGAGGUAUUCUGUUCAAAGGAGCGGCCGAGUGAUUUUGUUCCUUAUGCGAGUCAAAUGCCAACAGUGGAACAAUUGAAAGAACGAAUUAAUCGUUCUGAAGCAUUAAAACGAAUAUCAAUUAUGCAAGAACAUGUUUCGAUCGAGGGUCAACAUGCAUUCAUUUCCCUUAGGAAAACACUAGAUGAUGUAAGAUGGCAAGGUGCAUGCAUUUGUGUAUUAGGUCGAAUCCUUGUUCAGCCUCCUUAUACAGCUGAUUCAGUCGAAGCAACCGUUGAAACCACAAGUGCUUACUCCUUGAGAGCGAAAGAACACCUGCAGAAACAUAAAAAAACACAGCAAACACCGUCAAGUCCUAAGAAUGAUAUACGAGAAAAUGAAUCAGUUUCUGGUUGA